AUGGGUCCCGCCAGGGCUCGUUUCUCGUUUUCGGUCGACGUUGGCGGCUGGAACAACUACGCGCUGUCAUUCUUUGAAGCUUUGGCAAAGGGAUCGUUUACGUGCGCUACCAGCUUCUCAGUGUUUCCCGGCCUUGGCGACGUGACAAACGACAUCAACUACGCCCUAACGCCCUCAACGCAAAUAAAGGUGAAUUUUAGGUUGUUUACGUCCGUUACCAGCUCCCAAAGGUUCCCCGGCCUUUGCAAUGUCACCAACUACAUCAACUACACCCUGAUCAGCUUCAACGCAAAUUUCGUCCAGUUCCGUUUCAACGUUAAUGCCCUCAAUCCACCUUCCCAAAACCCAACACGAUGUAUUGACAUCCACCAACUCUGUGCAUUUAUGACGUUGUUACAUAAACAAACAACACGCUUUCCUUCUCUCUACCAAAAUGACGCGCUUCUUGCACGAAGAAUGUCACCGCUCUCUCUCAAGCCACCUAGAAAAAUGACACUCUCCUCACACAUCUGGGCCAACCUCCCACUCGAACUCAUCCGCGAAAUCCUACUCCACAUCGCCUCUUCCCUUCCCCAUCAAGCCCAUUCCCUCCGCCUAAUCUCCUCAGACGUGAACAUCCUCCUCCUCCGCUUCCUCUUCCGCCACCUCUCCUUCACGCUCCCAGAACACAUCUUCCGCUUCACAACCAUCAUCCUCCCAAAGCGCCGUCACUACAUCCCAGCCCUAAAAUCCAAACUACACACAUCCCCAAGACCACUCUCAUCAUACAACGUCGAUUCCCUCGUGCUAGUCGUAGACGACCGACGUCCGUCCAUGGAAACGGCGCUCGCCAGCGUCGGGCCUGUAUUUGGCGGAUUAACAAAGUUGGCGAUUACGGGGCAGAGUUUAUCUGCGAACGCGUAUUGGUUACGCCAGCACCCCAUUUACCCAAGGUUCAUGAUGAUAGUGCAUCAUGGUUCACCGCACCUUGUUAAUUUUCAUGAACCGGUUUUGAAGGGCGUCACGCACCUUUAUACCUCCAUCACGCAUGGCCAUCGCUUUUCGAGUGUUGCGGACGUUCCGGGGCUUACGCACCUUGCCGUUCACGCGCGUGUGGGGUUGUCGGCGGAUACGGCGGCAAAGGUUGCGUAUUCCCUACAAACAAUCUUGGAUACCUGUCCAAAGCUGGAAUGUCUCGUUCUCAGUCUAAACGCAGAUUCCCUGCGUGAUCCACAUCUAGAAAUGUGGGACUACGUCCUUGAAAAAUGUCUCGCGGACACGAGGUUCAUCCUCCUGCCGUACUACCGACUCCCGCGUGUUGAAUGGGGUGAUAUUGUUAAGGGUGAGGGGAGUAUUUGGGCGAGGGCGAAGGAGUGGGUUAAGAUGGAGAGGGAGGAGGUUAGGGAGAUGACGAUGGUUGCUGUUGAGCGGGAGAGGAGUAUGCUUCCGUGUUUGAAGCACCCUAAAGAGGGCGAGUGGGAGAUUGAUUUGGUGCAGAGGGAUGAUUAUUGGCCCAGGGAUGAGAACCCGGAUGCGGUGGGGGAGAUGGAGUGGUUGGCUAGGGCGAGGUGA